AUGGGUGUCACAAUGAUCUUCGUGUGGCUGUUUCUGCCAAUUUUGGGAACUCUGCAGCCUGCCGCAGGGAGCCCAACAACUACUUAUGGAUAUAUGACAUCAAUGCCUGACACAACUGCAACUACAGUGCAGUUGUUCAACGCCACUCUUGAUAACGUGGGCGAUGGGCUGGCCUUGAGACUGGUGAAUUCAGCCAACAGAUGUGAAGGUCGUGUGGAAGUCUAUUAUAAAGGAUCGUGGGGGACAGUGUGUGAUGAUUCCUGGGAUCUCAAUGACGCAAAUGUUGUGUGCAGGCAGCUUGGAUGUGGAUAUGGAGUUGAAGCAAAGGGCAGUGCCUAUUUCGGUCAAGGCUCAGGAAAUAUUGUCCUGGAUAAUGUAAACUGCAGAGGAUGGGAAAACAGUCUGUGGGACUGCCCUCAUGCAGGAUGGCUCAAUCAUAACUGUGGUCAUUCUGAGGAUGCUGGUGUCAUUUGUUCAGCAGCUGCUGGAAACACAUCUCCGUCGACAGGGAGCCCAACACCUAUUUAUGAAACUUCGACACUCGUUCCUGACAUUACUAGGACAAUACAGCCAUUAUUUACCACCACUUUUGGUAAUGUGGGCGAUGGGCUGGCCUUGAGACUGGUGAAUUCAGCUAGCAGAUGUGAAGGUCGUGUGGAAGUCUAUUAUAAAGGAUCCUGGGGAACAGUGUGUGAUGAUUCCUGGGAUCUCAAUGAUACAAAUGUUGUGUGCAGGCAGCUUGGAUGUGGAUAUGGUGUUGAAGCAAAGGGCAGUGCCUAUUUUGGUCAAGGCUCAGGAAAUAUUGUCCUGGAUAAUGUAAACUGCAGAGGAUGGGAAAACAGUCUGUGGGACUGCCCUCAUGCAGGAUGGCUCAAUCAUAACUGUGGUCAUUCUGAGGAUGCUGGUGUCAUUUGUUCAGCAGCUGCUGGAAACACAUCUCCGUCGACAGGGAGCCCAACACCUAUUUAUGAAACUUCGACACUCGUUCCUGGCAUUACUAGAAGUACACAGCCAUUAUUUACCACCACUUGGCUGGCCUUGAGACUGGUGAAUUCAGCCAACAGAUGUGAAGGUCGUGUGGAAGUCUAUUAUAAAGGAUCCUGGGGAACAGUGUGUGAUGAUUCCUGGGAUCUCAAUGAUACAAAUGUUGUGUGCAGGCAGCUUGGAUGUGGAUAUGGUGUUGAAGCAAAGGGCAGUGCCUAUUUUGGUCAAGGCUCAGGAAAUAUUGUCCUGGAUGAUGUAAACUGCAGAGGAUGGGAAAACAGCCUGUGGAACUGUUCUCAUGCAGGAUGGCUCACUCAUAACUGUGGUCAUUCCGAGGAUGCCGGUGUCAUUUGUUCAGGUAAGCAGCCAAAGUUUGCUGGUGUCUUGCAGUUGAAUGAUUGGCAUGAAAAAUGCCAUGUGAGGAACCUCAGGGAUCUGUGGGCUGAGAGACCUCAUGCUCCUGUCCCGGAAGCCAGAUCUGCUGGCCACUUCAAGCGUGCAGCACGAUGUCCUGCAUCGUGCAGGCACAGCGCAGCCUGCCUUGGCUCCAGCGACAAGGGGCUGCCCAUGGAAGGUUCAGGAAAGAAGAACCUCAAUGUAUGCCACAAAAAUAAAGAAGAAACUCAAUGUAUGCCGCAAUAA